UGUUUUUGAGGUCUGUAAGAAGGGUCUAGAGGUACUUUAGGAGGUUGAUUAGAUCUCAGACGAGGUUCUACGUGGUUCUAUAGAAGUCUGGUUGAGGUUGAAGCAUCAUUAUGAAGGUUCCAAUGGUGUUUGUAAGUGUAAAUGUAAGUUUCAGAGGUCCCUGAGUAGAUUUGGGUGGUUCUUGAGGUCUAGUCCUUGACUGAGCUCUGUGUGAACACAUGUAAAGGAUUGUGGGUAAAUAUUUACAAUGUAUGAUGUAAAUGAAUAACAGAAGUAAUGCUGAAGGAAUAAAGAGAAGUGAAACAAGUUCCCGAUGGUUGUUUGUUCACAUCAUCGAAGAUGCCUCAACUCUGACAAAAAAUAAAUACGUAAAACUACAGCUUGCAAUAGUAUCAUCUUUAGACGCCUAGAGGUAGACUCACCUGGUUCAGGCAUGUUUCAGGAUGAUGCUGAACGACAGAUGGACCAUCAUGAACAACAGCAGCUCAGAGCUCGACAACAAACGACCAGAUAAACACAAGAGAUGCUGCAGCUUCCUGUUAUGGUCAGUGGUCGUGUUAGUCAUCAUAGCAGCCAUCUUCACAGCAACAGUCAUCAUCCUGUACCUGAACCAGUACCCUCUGCCCUUCAUCAACAGUAACCAGGGCAGAGUCUCUUCCUCCUCACCUGUGAUCCUGACCAAUCCCAAAGAGUCUGGCGCCCUGGUGUCGGUCUCCCGUGUCACAGAUGGAGAGCCAAUCAGCAUAUUCCUGGACCCCAACUGUCCGGACUACAGUGACAACUUCCUGCGCUUUGAGGCACUGCAGAGUUCUCUUCUGCGAGUGCUAUCUAAUCACAAUGUAGAAGACUGGCAGGAGACGGGAUUGGUCCAGAAGCUGGCAGAGGAGCUGAAGGUGUUAUUAGGCCACGCCCACCACCUGAGGAUGGAAGCCGAGCUGCUGAAAAGAGGUCAGGGUGUUCUGGACCAGAGACUUGAUGGAGUACAGAGUGAGCAGAGCCGCAUCAUCCAGAUGUUGUCUGAGAGUCACUCAGGUGUGCUGAAGUUGGUUGCAGGCUUCAGUGAUUCUCUGCUCAGUUUGCAGAGGGAGACAGAGAGUGUGAGGCAACUCACCAGUGACCUGCAGAAAGACGACAAGCACACAGCUGUCAGACCCAGAGACUGUAGUGAUAUCCUGGCGGCUGGCAGUUCAGAGGAUGGAGUUUACUCCGUGUUUCCGACUCAUGACCCUGAUGGCUUCAUGGUUUACUGUGACAUGACCACUGAUGGAGGAGGCUGGACGGUGAUCCAGAGGAGGGAGGACGGCUCUGUGAAUUUUUUCCGAGGCUGGGAAGCGUACAGAGAUGGUUUUGGAAAAACUACAGGGGAGCACUGGCUAGGUCUCCAGAGGAUCUACUCUCUCACCAGGACAGGUGGUCAUGAGUUACGGAUAGACAUGGCCGACUUCGAUAAUGCCACAGCAUUUGCUCGUUACGCUGAUUUCUCUGUUGGUCGAGACUCUGUGAACCCAGAAGAGGAUGGGUACCCACUGAGUGUAGACCAGUACUCUGGAACCGCAGGUGACUCCCUUCUGAAGCACUCUGGAAUGCAGUUCACCACCAAAGAUCGGGACCAAGACCAGUCAGAGAACAACUGUGCAGUAUACUACCAGGGGGCAUGGUGGUACCGUAACUGCCACACGUCAAACCUGAAUGGGCAGUACUUGAAAGGAGGCCAUGCCUCCUACGCUGAUGGUGUGGAGUGGUCCAGCUGGACGGGCUGGCAGUACUCACUCAGGUUCACUGAGAUGAAGAUACGACCUAAUAUGAAACCAUAUUCCUGAUCAUCUGAUAUUAAAUCUGAUCCUGACCUUUAACCCUUUCUAUUAAAGUAUCAUGCAAGCUUGCUACCUAGCUCAGUAUCAUGACAGUUCAAGAACUUAGUGAUGAAAUUUUGGUCUUUGGAUUCAUCUACAUGGGAAUGAAUUGUUUUUAAAAUGGUUCUAAAUUGUUUUGUUUUUUUUGUUUUUUGUUACACAACUUAAAAUGGGAAAAUUCAUGUUCACAUGCACAGAUCCUAAAGUUUAAAAGUCGGUAUUUGAUGAACUAAUUUUUUUUCACAUAUAACUAAAAAUCAAGAUUUUCCCUAACCUCAAAGUGAAUCCUGCAUAUUGAAUUUUGUGCGUGUUCUACAAAAUGAAAAUAUCUUUUCUUCACCUUAACCAUACUUUAGUGAUGUAAAGCUAACCAUAAAAGAGAUGCAAACCCUGGAUUCUGGUGUGAUGGUUCUGGACUUUGUACAGCAUGGUUUUUAAAAGUGCUUCAUUCAAAGAAACAUGGCAUGAAAGAGUCAAGACAGUCAAGUGUCAGUGUAGUCAAAUCCUGUAGGUUUUAUUUUCUGACUAUUUUACAAAUUGCUGUAAUUUAUACUAACAAUACCUCGGACCCACUCCUGUUAUCCUAAACACGGAGCUCUGACCUUUGACCCCUGACCAGUUCUGUCAGCUGUCUGUUUGUGUUUUAUAACAUGUGACAAUUUGUUCUUAAAGAAUCAAAUCAAAUCAGUUGUUUAUUCUCAGUGUGUGCUCUGAUAUUGAUGAUGUCAGUGUCGAUGUGAAUGUAGAGCUGAUGGUUGAUUAAAGAGUUUCUGACUGAACUUAAGCUUCGCCCUUAUCUUCUGAGCAGUGUGUGAUCUCACAUGGAGGAUAAAAGUGGAAAUCCUUCACGCUGUUUGAAAGAGCUUUACA